GCAAAACGAUAGGACCAGCAUCGGCUGUCAGUCGUUUAUGUAGCAUUUUUUUUAUUUUAAAGUAGGUACUUAGUAAAGUUUGAAGUUCAUGAUAAGAUUAAAAUGAAAAUUGCCUGUAUUGUUGUUUUGAUCGCGUGUGCGUACGCACAUGCUGGUGUAAAUUAUCAUGUGAGGGAAAGCAAUGAACCGAUGCAGAUAAGACUCCUUCCAAUACAACUUCAAGCUACAACUAUAGGCACACAGAAUAAUGAGGAUACAAAGUUAACAUCGGAGUUAGUGGCCCUGAACGAACAACAAAGAAGUCUGAUCGCAGAUCAAAUCAGAAAUGUUCUGGAAGGGUUCAGAGAUGUUGUAAUCAAUGGAAAUGAUGACCUUCCUCCUCUGGACCCGUUGGUGGUAGAUUCUAUUGGACCGUUCGCAUAUAGAACUGCAGGCAUACGUGUCACAGGCAACAUCAACAAAUUGCACGCGGACGGUCUUCGUUGGUACGUGGUGGACGAAGUGACCUUCAACGCCCUUCGACUUGCCUUCGGGGUUCACCUCACACUCCCCUGGUUGAAUGCCAAUGGUAGCUACGAUGCGCAAGCCAGAAUACUUUUACUGAAUCAUUCAGCUGGAGGCAAUUUUAGAGUUUUCGUAAAUCGCCUCGAAGUAGGUGUUGAUAUUCGAGUUGGUACCAACUUACUGGCAGGACACCUGGUACUCCGAGAACUAGCGAUCAAAAUCGAUAUUCACGAUACUUUGAUUCAAAUUGAUGGCAUAUUCGGCUCGGCGGUCCUAAACAAUUUAAUUAGUGACUUGGUGCAAAAUAUUACUCAAGAUACAAUUCAAAAUGAGCUCCAAAACAUCAGCGAGUUACUCAGCGAAGAACUAUUCGAUAGCAUCAAUGAGAUUCUCAAGGACUACACACUCGCCGACAUUCUUGGAUGAAAAAAUAUAAAAUUAUAACCCACAGAUAUCAAUAUAUAAUGUGAGAAAUAAAAAACAAACCUAGUCAGGAA